AUGCAAACACUAGACGAGACUUCAAACUUACUUCCCGUCCCAGAAGAAGUUGAAACUCUUCCUUUGGAGCAAAAGUUUCAUGAGUACAACCUGGCUUUACCAAAGUUCCCUAUUUUGUUUUCACUAUGGCUGGGUAGUUUUUUAAGUUCUUUAGACGGUACUAUUGUCGCAAAUAUUAUGAAUAGAGUUGCUGAGGAAUUCUCUGAAUCCAGUAGAAAACAGUGGAUUGCAACAAGUUUUCUUCUGACAAACACAGCUUUUCAACCUCUGUAUGGUAAGCUUUCUGAUAUAACAGGGCGAAAGUCAGCGUUACUAACGGCCCAUUUUUUCUUUGGCAUUGGGUGCUUGUUAACAUGUUUUGCCAGAAAUGUUACCGAAUUUUCAAUAGCUAGAGCCAUAUGUGGUAUUGGUGCAGGAGGAUUGAAUGCAAUUGGUAGUAUUGCUGUUAGUGAUAUAUGUACAGCAAGAGAAAGAGGCGUUUAUCAGGGUUAUGCUAAUAUUGUUUUUGGCCUAGGCCAACUAUUAGGUGCUCCUUUAGGUGGUGUGUUUAUAGAGACCAUUGGAUGGAGGGCCCUUUUUGGUGUUCAAGUGCCUGUGAUAAUGUUGUGCUCUGUAUUAGCAAUCAAGAAUAUCAAUAUUAAGCUGUUCCAUGUUCCUCCUAUGAAGGAGAGAUAUACGUUGAAAAACCUAUCACGGAUAGAUAUAUUUGGCUCGUUAAGCUUGGUUGCGACCAUCAGUGGAGUGUUAUUUUUGUGCUCUAGCCACUUGAACAAGUUAUAUUUAACGCUGUUUACCAUUGGCAGUUUUAUUGUUUUCAUCCUAGUUGAGCGAUAUUAUGCAACUGAAAAGAUCUUGCCACUUGAACUAUUGACUCGUUCUUUCUGUUUGAGUUCAGCAGUAACAGUCAUAUCGUCAUUUGUUGUAUUUGGUGAAAUCUUCAGAUCUCCAAUUUAUUUACAAUUACUACAAAAUAUUAGUGUCACGAAGACUGGUCUAUUUUUGAUUUUCCCCUCUGUAUCAGUUGCAGUCGGAUCGUUAGUAACAGGAUGGUUAUUGCGAAAUACUAAAAUUAACCUAGCUCAUUGUGCAUACCAGAUAAUUUUUGGAGGUAUGAUAACGCAGUUAUUGGGCUUGGGUUUGGGCUAUCUACUGCUUGCAUACUUGAACCCUGAUUACACUAUCUAUGAUAUGCUUGAGUCAAUCACUUUCGAAUCGGAUUCAAUCUGGUGGAAAUUGAUUUAUGUCUUCGCAUCAGUUCUAGUAUCUUUUGGCUAUGCGUGUUUGUUGGUUGCCACAUUAGUAAGCAUUGUUUUCACUGUCGAAAAAUCACAGCAAGGAACUAUGACUGGUGUUUUCUACUUAUGGAGGUCCAUUGGUAACGUCCUUGGUGCAUCUUUGACUUUAGUGUCCUAUGAGAAUAGUUUAUCGUCUAUGUUAUGGAAUUAUAUGUUUGAAACUAAGCGUUCCGACAAAUAUCACUUUACCAAAAAGCAGUACUAUUCCCUUAUCAAUGAUACAAGUUAUUUGAGAGGGCCCAAUUUUCCAACAGAUAUAUUUGUUCGCAUCCUUGAUAUCUAUAAAAAGGCAUUUUUGAUUUCUUACCUUCCAAAUAUAGUCCUGGCAGUAGUUGGGAUUGUUUUAUCCUUUUAUUUGGUACAUCAUACCUAUAAACGUACAAGUACCUGA